AUGGCUUCCAAACAGGCGCGGAUUCUCGCCAUUUCCAUCAUGAACCAGCCGUGGUUUGAUGAGAUGUAUGCACCACUUGUCACAGGCAUCCAGUCCAAGGCAGAGUUUCAGCAAACCGAGGAUGCAGCAUCUGCCCUGCGACUCCUACGCCAGGAGCCAACGCCGUCUGCCGUGCUGGUAACUGAUCAGGCUUUGACGCUGCCCGAGCACUCUGCUCUCUGGGACGCGGUGUUGGAUUAUGUCCGCACUGGGGGUACAGCUGUUGUGACAUGUUUCUUCUCGUCUUUUGUACUACCCGACAAUAUGAAGCCAUUUUUUGCCCGUGCAGGCUUAAACUGGGCCAGGGGCUCAUAUCACCGGACAACUUUGACAGUCAACAAGAGAACGGCUGACGCAGCGAAUGUCAACGCCCAGAAGAUGCCGGUGAGCUACAGCCAAAAGGCCUUGUUUGUGAGCCAUGUCGCGUCUGGGGACAUGCUGUACACAACCGACAAGGAAUCGGUGGUGCAGUCUACGGUGUUUGCUCCAACAAGCGCUCAUGUCACAGGGGAGACUGCCGUUGCGUUGGCCAAAGUCGGAAGCGGAAAGCUGGGAUAUGUGGGCGAUGUAAACGCAGAAGAUGGGUCGCAUAUAGUUGUUCUUGCCAUCUGCGGGCUGCUGUAG